GGUCGUCGGUCGUCGGUCGUCGGUCGUCGGUCGUCGGUCGUCGGUCGUCGGUCGUCGGUCGUCGGAUGGAAGUAUGUGCGAAUAAGAGCGCGCGCGCGCAAGAGCGUUUUAUCCACGGGAUAAUUAUGUUCGGUGCUGUUUUAACGUGAUCAACAGCCUCAACGGUGAAUAGUCGAAUAGUGUACCAUGUUCCGCUGCAUUCCGAUUUUUAAAGGGUGUAACAGGCAGGUGGAAUACGUUGACAAGCGUCAUUGCUCUCUGCCGUGCGUCCCCGACGAUAUCCUGCGAUACUCGAGGAGCUUGGAGGAGCUUCUGCUAGACGCGAAUCAUAUCCGUGAUCUACCAAAAAAUUUCUUCCGACUCCAGAGGCUACGAAAACUUGGCCUGAGCGACAAUGAGAUACAUCGUUUGCCACCAGACAUCCAGAAUUUUGAAAAUCUCGUCGAGUUGGAUGUGUCCAGGAAUGAUAUACCGGACAUUCCUGAAAAUAUUAAGAAUUUGCAAGCGCUACAGGUGGCAGACUUCAGCAGUAAUCCUAUUCCAAGACUUCCAGCAGGAUUUGUACAGCUAAGAAAUUUAACUAUACUUGGACUUAAUGACAUGUCUCUUACAAACUUGCCACCUGAUUUUGGAAGCUUGGAGGCACUACAGUCACUGGAAUUAAGAGAAAAUUUGCUCAAAUCCUUGCCUGAAUCGCUCUCCCAGCUUUUAAAACUCGAACGGUUGGAUCUCGGUGACAAUGAGAUCGAGGAAUUGCCUGCGCAUAUAGGAAAAUUACCAGCGCUACAAGAACUAUGGCUUGAUCACAAUCAAUUGCAACACUUGCCACCCGAAAUUGGUGAAUUGAAAACAUUGGCGUGUUUAGAUGUUUCGGAAAAUCGUCUAGAAGAUCUUCCUGAUGAGAUUGGCGGUUUGGAAUCAUUAACAGACUUACAUUUAUCACAGAAUGUUAUUGAAAAGUUACCUGAUGGACUCGGCGAAUUGAAAAAGUUAACUAUUCUUAAAAUAGAUCAAAAUAGACUUUCUACCUUAAAUCCAAAUAUAGGAAGGUGCGAGAAUUUGCAAGAGUUAAUUCUUACAGAGAAUUUUCUUUUGGAGCUACCAUUGUCUAUAGGCAAACUUUACAAUUUAAAUAAUUUGAAUGUUGAUAGAAAUAGCCUGCAAUCUUUGCCGAUCGAAAUUGGAAAUCUGAAAAAGUUGGGUGUGUUAUCUUUAAGAGAUAACAAAUUACAAUAUCUUCCGGUUGAGGUGGGACAGUGUACUACUCUUCAUGUUCUAGAUGUAUCUGGCAAUAGGUUACAUUAUUUACCAUAUUCUUUAAUCAACUUGAAUCUGAAAGCGGUAUGGUUAAGUGAAAACCAAGCGCAGCCAAUGUUAACGUUCCAAACAGAUGUUGAUGAGGAAACGGGACAAGAAGUACUAACGUGUUUUCUUUUGCCACAAUUGGAAUUUCAUCCUGAUGAUUCAGGUAGAUUGGGAAUGCUAGUUGGUAUGAGAAAUGUUCAAGGUUGUGAAAUGCGUGAGCUGACAAGUAGCGACGAUGAAGGUUGGCAAGAGAGAGAAGCAUCAAGAACGCAUUCUGUGAAAUUCACUGACGAGCCACCAGAAGCCGAUAAAGAGAUUCCAUUUAUACGUCAAAACACACCACAUCCAAAAGAAUUAAAAGCUAAAGCGCAUAAGUUAUUUAGCAAAGGAAAAAGUGAAAGUCGAUCGGAAUCUACGGAUGAACAAGAUGUUUCUCAAACAUUUGGAUUAGAUAAAACAGAAUCAGAACCACCAGUCAAUCCAGUGGACAUGCCGCACGGUGUUUCUGAACAGGAAGAAUAUGUAGAAUGCAAUAUUACACAAGAUGAUCAUAAAAUGCAAGCACUUGACAUCGAAACUGACGUCGGCACAGAUAUUCAACUUAAUAAGGAAGCAAAUAAUCUUCCCAUUCAAUCUUCCACGGAAUUUUACACAAAUGCAAGAACUGAAAAUUCUGUACCAGAAUCAAAAGAAAGAGAUGAUGAAGAAUCGGAAAAUGAUGAUGUGCAAAGACACGUUGAAUUUAGUAUUGUAGAAGACGCAAAUAACGAAGAUGUUUGUGAUUCAAAUAAACCGAAUAAACUUCAACGUAGAGACACUCCACAUCAUCUGAAAAAUAAACGCAUUCAUACCGCAAUUGAUAAAGAAAAAGUUGCUUCCAUUAUUGCGCAGGCACUUACAAAAAAAGUUGAUGAGACUUCUACAUCUUUACCAUCACAAGUAGAAUCUAUGGAAACAUUCGACACGCAUAGUCAAGAUGCAACAUCUGAUAUUGAACCAGCAUUGGAAAUACGGGAAGAGCAAUAUGAAAUUCAUAUAGAAAGAACGACAGGUGGACUAGGUUUAUCAAUAGCUGGUGGUAUUGGGUCGACACCUUUUAAAGGCGAUGAUGAAGGCAUUUUUAUUUCAAGAGUUACUGAAGGUGGACCUGCAGACUUGGCUGGUUUGAGGAUAGGAGAUAAAGUAAUAUCUGUAAAUGGAGUGUCAGUAGUAAAUGUAGACCAUUAUGAUGCUGUGGAAGUAUUGAAAGCGUGUGGACGUGUACUUGUGUUGGUUGUCAUAAGGGAAGUUACAAGGAUUAUUCCGCCAUAUGAACAGGGACCAAUGAGAAAAGAUUCCGUAUGCUCUAGCUUAAGUACAAGUAGAGCACCAAGUGCAACAUCUUACGUUUCAUCUACGGCAUUGUCACAUACUUUAGAGAAUGGCGACACAUCUAUGUCUCAUGAAAUUGGAAAGACGAAAAAGAUUCCUGAGCCUAUAAUGGCUGUAAAAGACAAUGAACCUAUGGUAUCCGUUCUCUUUCACACGACGUUAAUACGAGACCAAAAUGGGCUUGGAUUUAGUAUUGCCGGUGGAGAAGGUUCGCCACCGUUUAAGGAUAAUAGCGAUGCAAUUUUUAUCUCGAGAAUAACAGACGGCGGAGUUGCCCAAAAAGAUGGUAAAUUAUUAAUUGGAGACAAAGUAAUAUCCAUUAAUGGAGUAGAUAUGAGAGGAGCGAAACACGAACAAGCAGUGGCUUUACUUACAGGCUUAGAAAGAUUUGUUCGAUUAGUAGUCGAACGGGAAAUACCACUUUCUCAAGCUAAUCUCACCACCGUUGUAACUCCUUCUGAAAAAUCGCCGCGUGUUAUAGGCGCACCAAAACCUUACACAGGCCUGUACAAUCCUAAUAGUUACAUGGCAAAUAGACCUGGAUACGGUGGAUAUCGUCGCUCCAUGGAUGCCGACAAAGCAUUGACACCGAGUCCUACUUCAAAAACGCCACCGUCUCCACCGGCAUUAUCCGAUAUCGUGAAAUCCGAUGUCAAUGAGAUGCCUAAAAUGAAUGGUGUAACUGAUUCAGGAAACACUUUGAAGAAUGUUUCACCAAUAUCUCCCAGCCCGACAAGUAAUCAAACGUAUCCGCAGCCAGCUCCAAGGCAUAGUGUUUCGCAGACGACACCUACAAAUAAUGCUGGUUCUGCAGCUAUCACUCCUCAUGUAGAGCCUAGACCAGCAUCUCCGCAGGAAGACAUACAGGUACCGAAGCCAAUCACCAACGAGGAAUUUCAAGCUAUGAUCCCUGCUCAUUUCCUUCGACCUCCAACAUCCUCGCCUUCACCAGACUCCCAUCAAGGCCCCAUUGUGACAGUGACGAUAAAGCAGCCCGAUACUUUGCCUGGAGAUGUUAGUUUUCCUCCAGCUCCUACCACACUCGGUAAAGUUACUGAGACCGUCACAAAGAGUACACUCACCGAGACCGUCGUAACUAGAGUGACUGACAACCAGUUGAUGCAACCACUUAUUAUCGAGGAUGUUGUCCUUGUGAAAGAAGGUUCCUUAGGCUUCAGCAUCAUAGGGGGAACCGAUCACUCGUGUACUCCAUUCGGUGCAAAGGAACCGGGAAUUUUUAUAUCUCACGUUGUUCCUGGUGGCAUAGCAGCCAAAUCCGGCAAACUGAGAAUGGGUGACAGAAUAUUGAAGGUGAAUGGUACAGAUGUGACAAAGGCUACGCAUCAAGAAGCGGUAAUGGAACUUUUAAGACCAGGCGAUCAGAUCGUGCUUACCAUUCAACAUGAUCCACUUCCAGAAAGUUACCAGCUGGUCGAAAUAGAGUACAUUCCUGUGACAGAGUUGGUAAUAACCAAGGAAGCAGGUGAGAAGCUUGGUAUGCACAUUAAAGGAGGACGAAGAGGACAGAAAGGCAAUCCUUUGGAUCAUACCGAUGAGGGCGUUUUUAUAUCGAAGAUUAAUUCGGGUGGUGCAGCUAAAAGGGACGGACGAUUGAAGGUUGGAAUGAGGUUACUGGAAGUCAAUGGCACAUCAUUAUUAGGUGCAACUCAUCAAGAAGCAGUCAACAUUCUUCGCUGUUCAGGGAAUACUAUUACGUUGGUUGUGUGUAAAGGAUACGAUAAAAGUGACGUUGAAUCAAUAUUAACAUUAUCCGAUGAUAAAGGAGUUAAAGGGUCUCACGAAACUAGAGAUCCAACUACGGAUGAUACUAAAUCUCUGUCACAAAGUGUAUCCAGUUUAGACCGAGAUGAUGAGGAAGCUGCGAUUCUUAGACAAGAACAAGAGAUGAAAGCGGAACUUGUUGCCUGGGAACAAGAAGAACGAGAACGUGCGCUUGUAGAGCAAAGAGAGAAAUCCACGCCUGAAAAAGUAAUGGACGUUGUACGUGCGGCAGAAUCAUUAGUAAGCAAAUCAAACAGCCCUGUUGAUAUGGUUGUACCACCAAAAUCACCCGGGGGCACUAAAGAUCUCAAAACUACCACGAUUGUUAUGAGUAAACAUACACUAGCACCUCAAAAUCCUAAUAACUCAAGAACAAAUGAGACAUCUGGAACAUCAAAGGAUUUUUCUUCGUCCAAGUCAUCUACGAUCCCUGAUCUUCCUAAGGCAGCAAAUUUUGAACGUUCUACUUCUAUGCAAACUUUACCUUCUCGAACGAAAAAAAAAUCUUUGCCAAAACGCAGUAUUACGUUUGCCGAUCUGCCACCGUCUUUAAAAAAAAGUUCUGAUUCCAUCAAUUAUCCGUCCCAUGUUAAGCCUACAUUAUCUAAAAUUGAACAAUCGAUUCGGCCAUUGCAGGAAACAUCUACUUCCCUACCACAAGUUAUUUCCUAUCAAACACCUGCACGUUUCCAACUUCCCCCAACACCUCUAACUGCUCCCGAAUACUGGGAAAACCUUGACAUCUCGGCUUCUUUUAGCAAGCGACAGAUAGCACGUUCUGUUGAUGGAAAUUUUCAGGUUGAGCAAUCUCCAACCUCAUCUCCAACACCACCAUUGACGAAAAUGUCAGUCAGCGAUAAAAAGAAGUUAUUUGAAAGUGCCAUGGAAGAACAUUUGAAACCCUCGCCUAAACCAGAUAAAAUAUUCAGUUUUUUAAGUCAGGACGAAGUAGAAAAAAUGCGACAAGAAGAAGAAAAGAAAAUUGCAACUUUAACGCGAGACGAACUCAAAUCAUGGGCACAACUUGAUGAAAACGAAGGUCUCGAAGAUUUAGAUACAAUGGAUGAUCAGGAUAAUGGACGACCUAAUAGCCGACUGAGCUCGCGAACUUCGAUCCCUCUUAUCCAGAAUAUUCCCAGCAGCGUGCGGACAGCAAAAGCAGAACGUCGUUUGAAAGAACGUUUAAUGCAAGAGGGUCUUAUUUCGGACGAAGAUGAGGAACACCUUUUAAGCCCUGCGGAACAACGAGCACUUAGAGCGGAAAAACGUGCUGCUUGGCGACAAGCGCGUCUUAAAUCUCUUGAACAGGACGCGCUUCAGGCACAGAUGGUAAUCAGAAAGAUGAGUGAAAUAAUGGACACUGCUAAUAAGGAAGAAGAUACGCGUGAUGCGACUGAUGCGACCGAUCCUGCUCCUGAUCAAGAGAAAACAGUCGAGUUUACUACGUUACGGCCGUCUAGCGCAGAUUUUCCUAAGCUCGCUGUGCGCAGUAAAGUGGGUCCUCCUAAAGAGAUACGCGAAUCCGAGAAAGUAGUGGACGAGAAGGUCACUCGGCGUACCGAGGAAUAUCUUGACGAGGUGACGGGCGAACGUCGUGUACGAACCGUCGAAUACGUCGAGAAGCUCAUUGAGCGGCAGGUGGAAACCUUGAGGGAGAAGAUUAUAUCAUUGGAAUUAAGCAAUGCGGAAGAAGACAUAGAAAGUAUAACUGGCACUGGUGCAAGCGAUGCUGAAAGUGAAAGUGAAGAUACCACGGGACAAAGUAUGGCUGUUAGUACUGUAAAAGAAAAGACAGAUUCUCAUCCUACGACCGACACAUCUGAAAUUGCGAAUGAAACUUCUGCUAAAACAAAUGAAAAUAUUACUGUUGCAUCUACAAAAAAGAAAAAACGUAAGCGAUCAAAGAAAGGUCGUCACUGACAAAAUAUUUUUAUGUGUAUUUUAAACGAUAGAAUAGGUACAAAACAUUGAUGUUAAAUAGACUUAAAUCGAAAAACCGACGAAAAUUUUUUAUUAUUCCAAUAUUUUACUAUUACGCAAAUUCAUUGUGUAAUAUCGUUUUAUGUGAAUAUGCAUACAUUUAUGCUUAUUACAUAAGCAUAGAUAAAUAACACAGACAUACAUAUAUACUUAUAUGCAUAUUUCAAUCGAUUCUUUUUAAUUUUUAAUGCAUCAGUACAUGUUAUUGUCACAUAAAUGUCCCUGUAUUUUAUAAGUGUCCUUUUCUUUUUCUCUAUAUAAAUUAGUAAUAUGAAUAUAACAAAAAUGGCGAUCUGGCACUAGAUCUAAACGUAUUGUUUUCAGUGAAUAUGUAACAGGUAUCUACACAAAGCUUCAUAAUUGUUUCAGUGAAUAAGCGAUAUAUUAUCCAUUAUUUCUGUGUAGAAAUGUAUAACCACCAUUUUUAUUAUAUUCUGUGUACGUACCAUGUAUGUUGCGAUUUCAUAAAUCUAACGUGUAACAGAAACUGGUGAAUUUGCAUAUUUUGAUAUUGAACAUCGUGUUAUUUCAUAAAUUUCGUGUUUACUUGGAAUUUUGCUAACUCAUCGGGGAAUAUAAAGUAAAUUUAAUUUAAGAAAAAGAGAUUAAAAAUAGAAAAGUAAUUAAGUAAUAUUUUAGUAACAAAGAACUAACGUACGGAAAAUUAUAACAUUUAUGCCAUUUGUUAUUAUUUUUUGGAUUUUUUACAUAUUUUAAUUUUAUUUUAAUAUACGGAUGUUUUAAUCUAAUCCGUUUUUAUUCUACCUUUUGAUUGUGUAACAAUUAUAUACAUGUACACGCGAUGAAAAUAUUGAGGCAAAAGACAUAAUAGAUAUUACACUGGCGAAGAAUUUUCAGACCCCCGUGCAUUUUUUUAUUAUAUACAUGAUAAAAGACAUGCUCUUCCGUUUUUCUAUAAAAUUCUUCGAAAAUUUUUAUAAUCGUUUCUUUAGAAAGAUGCUUUAAAGAUGUGAUAAAACUAUGCAAUUAUAAUGUUACAUACAUAAUUACGACUAUGUUUUAUAAUCGUGUGCAGUAUAACAUUCUUAAAACGUCCAUUGUCAUAUACUGAUUAUUUAUAUUCAUUGAAACAUGAUGAAAUGUGUUUUAAAUUGUUAUUUCUAUAACUGGUUUGCUAAUAUCAUGUAAAGUGCAUUAUAGGUAAUCUGUUGCUGAGACAAUGUUUAAAUUAUAGACUUUAGAUUGACCAAUGGGCUUAUCUUAUGUUUGUAGAAUAUUUUAUUUAUUUGAUUUUAAUAUAUAACUUUUAGAAAGAUUUUAUUUUGAUCUGAAAUAGAUUAUUGUAAGAAAAACAAAUUUAUAUUUGAGUCAAAUAAGAAAAUAUCAAAUUUCAGUUUACUUUAUUGCAGAUUAUUCGUGUUGAGGAGCUACCCAAAAAUCAGGGAUAAACGUAGAUUAUUACAGUUUGAUCAUUUUAAUGUUUAAUCAGAACAAAUUUUGCAUCUGCUUCCAUACAUAUUUCAUACUUUGCAUUUUUAGUACAUGUACGCGAGACUGUGAAAAAUUUAAGACAUCACACUUUUUGUGUAAUUUAUCAUUCAUAAUGUAUUUGUAAUAUUAAUAUUGUCUUAGAUUUAAGAAUAUUAUUUUAUACCGAACAUUUUUUUUACAUUAUUAAUCCAAAAAGUAAGCGGUUAAAAAUAUAUAUUUAUUUGAUAGACAAUGUGAAUAGAUAUGGAUUUUCCAAGUGUAAAUAAGUAAAAUUAAAUGAAAUUGCGAUUAUCUGCUGUUUAAAGUGCGAUUAAAAAUGAGGGACCAAUGAAUGAAAUCAAGUAAGCUCGUUCAUUAUGUAAGAAAGGCACUUGAAAGAUACUAUAUUAUCGAUAAUGUAUGACGAAUGUAACGGAGAGUUAAAACUUUGCCUACAGAGUAUCACACAUCAAACUAACAAUGGGCAUAUAUAAGCGAGUGGAGAAAAAAACAAAAGUUUUAUUUCACUAAACACUAACAAUAAAAUCAAUCUAUCUAA